AUGCCGAUGGUCGCUUACUAUGCCUCAGACGAAAGUAUCCAGAACCAGGCAGUCCAGAUGCUCGUGGGAAGCGCCGAUAUUGACUUUCACCUUCAGUUCUUCGGUUUCUGUCUGCAGAGGCUGACCAGGCAUGCCUUAAAUGAAGCCCAACGACAAGCAGAAAAGAAGCGCUGCAUGUUGUUCCUGAACAGCUUGCGACAGCACGGAGACGCCAGCAAGAAGGCCUUUGCACAUCCUGAAUUUCUUGCACUCCUGCGAAAGGUUGCUGAGUUGGACGAGAUGCAGCAUGAUCUUCUUCCGUUUCUGCUCCUGGCACGAGAUGAAACAUUGCUGGAGCCUUUGUUACAACAGAGAGAAGAGCUCGAGCGCCUCACUCUGGAGAUUCAGCAUUGGCACAAGAGCCAAAUCAGGAUGGACGACCACGGAGACCAGCAGCCUAUUUUCGUUUCCUCCGGCCAUCCAUACCAACAAAGCAUGCAGGAGGUCGUGGCCAUACCCAAUGCCAAGGGGCUCACGGUGGUUUUCAGCCCUGCCAGUGUCAUCAGGAACAGCAGCGCCGGAGGAGGCGAAGGAGUUCUGCGGCGGACCGUCUGCGACUUUGCUGGUGCAAAUGCCUUGACCUUCACUUUCGAAACGGAUGGAGCAGGCUCAGCUGAAGAGCGUUAUGGUUUCACCGCGGCGAUCUUGCCCAUGCAAAGUGGCAUAAAUACGGAAAUGUUGGACAAACUGAGCACAGACCUAGAAUCAACUGCCCUCAUGAUCAGCAAUGAGCUGGAAGCGCGAGAAGCCAACAAGAGCAAGCAGAGGCCAUUGUUUGUCGUGCUCUUGUCGGUCAUGAAGGAGUAUGCAUUCUCUGGUGAUUCGCAGCAGGCAGCGAAGUUGCUCCAUUCGGUCUUGGCAUGUCUCGGGCGAUCCACCUGGCUGACCCGCGGCCAAACCGAAGCUCUUGUCGCCGAGAACCUCGGGCUGCACUCCGUUGCCUCGCUUGUGCAGCAGGCCACUGAGCCCAGUGCAUCGCCUCGCAGAGUCUUUGAAGCCUGGCUGGAAGACAUCAAGAAAGCCUACCAGUCUCGCUCAGAAGAUGCCAGGGCCUGGGAGCUCACAUCGCCCAUCGUGACUGAGGUCGGCCCUUGCCUGGCAGACCUUCGCAUGGAGCUUCUCAAGGAAGCUUUGGCCAAGCUGGAGACCAUGCAUGCGGCUGUAGAGAAGGCAAGCAAGGACUACUCUUUGUCGCAAGGCAGGAUGCGCUACCACGCCUGCGACCAGCUGGCACUUCUCGUCGAAAGCCGUAAGCUCCCGGAGGGAGUUCGACUGGUGCAGAGCUGCCAUCCGUACGCUGCACAAGGCCACGAAUUUAAAGCUAGCGUGGACAUGACCGUGAAGUCCGACUCCUCCGAGCCUCUGGAGGUGAUGGUCGCCUUCGCGCCGUGCAGUUGCACCUUCGACUCCGCGGCAGAAGUGACGAUCCCAGGUUCGCAGGGUUUGUCUGGUGGAGGCCCGUGGUCGGUGGAACCUCUGGAGCUGGAGGUGGGAAAGAAGCUGACUGUAGGCUUCAAGACAGAUGGCGACGGGCGUGAGUACCCCGAACGGCGAUGGGGUUUCCUGGCCCUCUUUGCUGACAGCCGCUCGGUGAGCGUCAGCAACUUGGCCCAGGCGGCAGAGAAGAUCGCGGAGACGAUGUCAGAAGCUUCGACGGAGGCUCCCUGCGCAAACCAGCUGUACCUGGAUGCCGAGAAAGCUGAGGCCGCAUUCAGACAGGCAUACGAGGGAUUUGUGUCGGAACUGGAGGAGAUGUUGGCAUCCAUGGGAAGCGCGACGCGCAUGCAUCAAGCUGUUGAAGACACAUGCAGGCAGAUGUGCAUCUUCCUUGCAGGCAUGUGCAGAUGGUUCGAUGGCCCAGAGCUGCGGAAUUACUUGAUGCAGUGGAAGCAGAAGUUUCCAAGCCUGGAGGAGAGUAUAGCAGACUCUCGCAAGGCAAGCGAAACAAGUAUGUUCCGGUGCUUCAACGAUGAGGGUUCAAUGGUCAAUCAUGGCGAGAAGCUUACUGACCAGUUCUUCUACUGCGGCCAGCAGAUUGAAGGGACCGGGGAGACUUGCUCCCCAGCAGCACAGUGCAAAUCUUGUGGGCGCUUCCAAAGCGAGGUGCUCAGUCGAUCGCCUGCCCAGAAUGGCCAGUGCUACAGAGGCCUCACAUUGCGUGGGCCUUACAAGCACCGGCGGCGCGCCAGAGUCGUGACCAUCGUAUUCCCACUGCCGGCCGCCGCAGAGCAUCAACAGCAGUGUAGCAUCGUGACAGUCACCAAAGUAAUGCGAUGGGGUAAGCAGCGCAACUGGUUCCUCGGAGUCUACCCGAGCUUUUUGCCAACCGAGGCAGUGGUCUCCCCACCACGAGUUCUUCGGCGCAAGCUCAGGCCGCACUUGGAUCUGCGAGACGAGCUCUUGAUUCCGCCAGCUGCCUCGCGGCCCAAAUGGCACGUCCUGGCCGCUCUUUGCUUUGCCGCGGCAGUGCUCUGCCUGCUUUGCUUCCCACAAGAUCCAGGGCCCAUCUCUUCUGCGCGCCUGAGCCAGGCAGUCUCCCUAGCAGGGGAUCGACGCGAUGCUCACCUCCGAGAUGUCCCCCUCGGAGCUGCGAAGGAAUCUCCGUUUCUUUGGCAAGACGCCUGUGCUCCCCUCGUCAAUGGCACAAGGGACACCGUGCCGUUUGCGCUUGGCAAGCCUUGUUGGCAGAAAUGCUCCGACGCCAUGUCCGACGCCGUCCUCGCAAGCUUCGUGGGCGAAUGGCACAGGCAGCUGAUGAGCUCCAGCUUUGCAGUUCGGUUCUUUCCCUUCACUCGCGGCUGGCAUGCGCUGCUGCAGUGGUACAGCUGCAUCUGGCUGUUUGCCGUGGCUGUCGUGAUCGGCAGCAUGGCUUCCCACUGCUGCCUUGAGUCGAGGACCGUGGAUGAUCGCGAGAAGCUGCAGAAACUUGCCAAAGCCAUCGAUCUGGCCAUUACACAGAAAGCGGACGUCAUUCUUUUCGAGGCAGAUGAGGAGGCCGAAGCCGGAACACAGGUGUUCCUUGAGCUUUGUGGGGGCGGCGUGCUCUCCGACACCUGGGGCUCCGGCGUCAGCAUCCGUCCCGAGUCCUUCGAAGCCGCUCGCAGCAAGGUGCAGGGUCUUUUUGCCAAGUUGAAGAGGGCUUCAGGGGAGGUGGCACCAGCGCCGUUGACCUUCUGCUUCUAUGCAGGAAGCUUUAGACGGUCCGUCGGUUGCAUCGCGCUGGCACUCAAAGGCGUCUUCUUCGCUGUCUACGUCGUCUUGCACUGCUGGUUUUGCUGCGUCCUGCAAGCUGCUAUCAUGGCCGCUGGUUGGGUGGACCACGAGGAUUUGCUCUUCCAGCAGCACAGCUGGGCAGAGCCCUGGCUUCAUGUGCCGCUGAAGGUGAGGCGGCUGAUGCACUUGCACCAGUUACCGAUGCUGCCUUGCCACAUUGCGUUGUUGCUGAUCUUCUUCGUGCUUCUCAGUCUGGCAACGGCGUUCUUCGAAGCGACGUCGAAUGCUCUGCAGCAGACUCAGCGGUGGACGAAUCAAUUCUAUGCCAGCUUCGUCUUUAUGGACAUAGUGCAAGAUGGCUUGAAGACAAGCUCGAUGAUGUCGAAGAUCACUUCGCUUGUGUUUUUUCUAAUCAACUUGCUGGUGAUAUGCCUGUGGGCCUUAAGCACCAAGCAUGGCUUGGUCUGGUCCUGUUCCAAAGCAUACUCCAGCUUCCUUUUCGGCUGGCUACCUGGCUGGGCUCCGCUUGCGGCGGGUGUUGUGUACGGCGCUCUGUCCAUCCUUCACGGCUACACUUUGAGCAUGCACGCAACCGUUCCCACUGUGGAAGGACCGAAGCCGGACAAGUUCCAAUUCGGUUGCAUCCCCGACACGUGGGUCGCCUACAAAGAAGUCUUCGUAACCACUGUCGGCAUCUGGUUUGAUACCACAAUGGACGUGGGUCAGAGCAUGAUCUUCUUUCGAGCUGGCCAGCCCUUCUUUGCCACAAUCAUCUUCGUGGGAGUUGGCAUGCAGAUCAGCAUGCUUUGGAUAGACUCUUUGCGGAAAGGUGCCUGGGACGUGCAGAAGCUGCUUGCAGCUAUCUUGCAAUCCGACACUAUCCAGGCAUGCCGGGGAUCAUGGAGCAAGGGCAUGUUGCUCUCAGAGCUGUACGAGAAGGCAUACCGGGAAGCUGCCAGCGAAGCUUACUUGAGCUUGCUUGUGGGCAUUUUCGGCUUGGUGACUGUGCCGCUGAACAGUUCCUUGGAUAUGGGCUUCUUGCUGGUGUCGGUGCUUUUCUCGCUGAAGUCGGUGAUGACCGACGUGUCAAUGUCGGCCGAGCUGUUGGCUGCGGAGGAAGAAGUUCCCUGCGGACAUGGCGACGUCGUCCCUUGCUGCCUUCCCUUGAUCCCCCACAACGACUACUACAGCCGCAAGAGCUUCGCGGCCCAGCGCAGCCUGCGCGUGGUGAGCAUCUUCCGACUGAGCGAAGCUUUAGCGGUCGCAUGUACCCUGGCAGUCUGCAUCCGGUGUAGCAGCGUGGUGACCACGUGGAAGGUGUGCUACUUCGUCGGGCUCGUUAGCCUUGCGCUGGUCUUUGCACUCGUGGUGUCUCGCGGCGGCUGGUCCUCGCUACGCCGCUUCACGGAGCUCUGGGAGACCACCGUCGGAACGUUUGCGCUGGAGGGCGACUGGGAGCCGGUGGAGGGUAGUCCCACUGCUAUCAAGCUUAGCUUCCGAGGCAACACUGUCAAGCUCCUGCACAGAGAGAACCCGGAGGAGUCCAGGCAGUGCCGGCGCUAUCUGGAGGGCGGCGACUUCAACAACACCUUCCAGCUGGUAGACAGCCUUCAGCAGCAAGAGCACUCGGUGGUCUCAACGGAGUGGGUGCUGGCCUUGCAAGGCGAACAGCUGCAUGCACGUCGGGCCGCCUGGAUGCGAAGCGACGGUGUGCCAGAUUACACUGCCUUCUACCUGCGAGCUAUUGGCUUUGUCCUGGUGACGACGAUGGCAGGUGCCUUCGGCUUGGGUUUGGCAAUGCUGGUGGUGCCUGCGUGGCAGGUGAUGCUGUGGAGCGGCGCCGUCACUCGGCCCAGCCAGGAGCACGAUGACAUGAGCGAUUUCACUUCCAUACCCUCGGAUUUCGCCACGCACAUGUGCCAGAAGUGCCUUUGGCUCCUCAUCACUUGGUCGCUACUAUGCUGUUCCUUCCUCAACGAAGCCGCCUCGCCGUUCAGCCUCAACACUAUGGUGGCGGAGAUCAUCGUGCAACUGAAGGAAGGGACGAAGGAGGACGGCUUGUCGCUAGCUCUCCUGUCCAACGUCGACUUCGUCUCCGGAGCGGUUGGACUGGUGACGGUUCUGGGCGGACUGCUUGGGAGCAUCGCCUUGCCUGUGUGUGCUUAUUGGCUUCACAUUCAGCGUUGCCAGUGGCGGCAAGGCGACAGGCGUUUUCAGUUCCACCUUGCGAACACAGUGCUUCUGGCCUGCCACCAACAUGCUGUGGUUGUGAUCCACAAAGGGUAUGCAGAGAUGCUGAGCGAGGAUGCACGGGAAGAGAUGCGUAAGAUGCGGUUCAGGAUGGGUAUUCACCCGUCCCGCGCAGAGGUGGGGAUGGUACAGCUGAUUGCGGAAGCAAUCGUCGAUGCAAUCUAUGGCAAGGCAGACAGGCUGCACUUUGAAGAGUUCAACGUCCCCGUCUUUCAAGUGAUCGAGCUGCAGAAGCACAUCAGCUCAAAAAUCAGUGACAAGCAAAAUGUCGAGGUCCCCCAGUCCUGGGCGCAGAACGUAUCAAUCCAAGGUUGGCACCUCUGUGGUGGUGGCGAUAUCACGUCCGUUGGCUACGGAGAGUCUGUUCUGGGUAGUCAGCUGAAGCAUCUCGUUCAAGAUGUUCGCAAGUCCAAUACAAAGAUUGUCAAACUCGUGUUCAGCAAGCCUGUCUCCAAGAUUCCCGGCAGGAUGAGCUCGGUCGAGAGGCUCCUGCGGCAUCACUUCACACACGCGGCAAACGAUCAGCGACUGAGUCAUGUGCUCGAUGACCUUAGGCAUGUUUCAGUGUUGGUUCGAGAUGGCUGCUUGCCGCACUUGCCGGCAGAACCUUUGAUUGAUUUCAGCAAGCGCUACAAGAGUUUGGCUGAUGGCAUGGAGAAGAUGCGGCACUCCAGCAGCUGGAGCACGGAACCCCUUCACGCACCGACACCUGAGCCCGGAUCUGGAUCGACUUCGUGCGGAUGGUUGUGUAAGUUGUGUACAGGGGAGUAUAGAUACAGCGCACUGGCGCCUGUCCCACCAGAUAAACCAGAAGUGUCCGAGAUAUUGACAGGUGGCAGAAAGCUUGGUCUAUGGGGUAUGUGCUAUUGUGGCUGUGACAGAGCCUCAUCCUUCAAGUGUGGUCCCGUCAUUGGUGGUCAAUGUGAAGACUGCGAAGAUGCGCAGAAGGCGCUGGAUAAAGCUUCUCCGUUCAAGUGCAUGCACGGGCAUGAUCUGGAGCGCUUCUUCGGAUUCGACAGCAACUAUAACUGCGACGCGUGCCGCAGGUCCGCUGGCAAGUCUGUGCUGGAGAUGAGCCUGCGGUGUCGAGUUUGCAAUACAGACUACUGUGUCGAGUGCUACAUUUCUCGAAGUAGGAUCGCAGCAGAAAGUGGAGAGAUGCCUUCCGAACUGCGCGACAUCAAGACGCUGGCGGACGAUGUCUUCAGUGCUGCAGAUGGCUUAGAAUUUGCAGUCGACUGCACUCAAGUCUCGCGCUGGGAGCGUGCCCAUAUUGCAUGUUCAUGGACGCUCGCGUGCUACUCCGUAGACGCGGACGUCCAGAAUCGCGCAGUCAAUAUGGUCGUGAAAGAGGGGAACAUGUCCUUGCUCUGUGAUUUCUUCGAAUUCUGCAUGAAGAGACUGUCCAGUCACGUCUUGAAUGAAGCUCAGCGCCAAGCAGAGAAGAAACGCUGCAUGAUGUUCCUGAACAGUUUGCGGCAACAGGGAGACAAGACCGAGGAGGUGUUUGCAAACGCUGCAUUCCGGGAACUCUUGCUGCAGGCUGCUAAGUUGGAGGACAUGCAGCUGGAUCUUCUUCCGUUUCUCGUCUUAGCACGAGAUGAAGCAUUGCUGCAGCCUUUGCUGCAAAAGAAGGAGGAGCUGGAGCAGCUGACCGAGGAAAUUCAGUAUUGGCACAAGAGCCAAACUACAGCAGAGAAAGAGGCAGAUCAGCGGGUCCUCUUCGUUUCGUCCGGCCAUCCUUACCAACAAAGCAUGCGCGAGAUCGUAGCAGUGCCCGGUGCCAAGGGGCUCACUGUGGUCUUCAGCUCUGCCAGCGCCACGUUGAACAGCAAGAGCUCCUUGACAAUCACUCCAUGCCAGCCUUCGCGCGGAUCCAUAUCCAGGAGGGCUUCAAGAACAGCAUCAGCGGAGGGCAGCCGUGUUUUCUCUGGCCGCGACCAGCAAGUCUGGACGGCCUGUGACUUUGAGGGAACAGAGGCCCUGCUCUUCACUUUCGACACGGACGCUGCAGGCUCAGCUGAAGAACGCUAUGGCUUCACGGCGGCUGUUUUGCCCAUGCAAGCCGACAAGAACUCGGAGAAACUGGGCGAUCUCGCCGCGGAGCUGGAAGCAAAGGCACUUCUAAUCAGCCAUGAGUUAGAGACUCGAGAAGCCAACAAGGGCAAGCAGACACGCUUGUUUCGCGUGCUCUUAUCGAUCAUGAAGGGGUAUGCUUUCUCUGGUGGUGUUCAGCAGGCGGCGGAGCUGCUCCAUUUCGUGUUGGUUUCUCUCGGUCGUUCUACGUGGUUGGAGCUGGGCAACAAGGAAGUCGCUAAAAGCAUCGGACUGCCGUCCGAGCCAGUUGUCAAGCUUGUGCAAGAGGCCAAGUCCACUUCGCCUCAGAAGGUCUUUGAUGCCUGGCUGGAAGAGAUCGCUUGUGCCGUGAGGUCUCGCGAGUCGGUCUCGCAGGAGGCCAGGAAGCUUGCGUUGCCGAUCCUGGCUGAGGUCGGCCCUUGCUUGGCAGACCUUCGCAUGGAGCUUCUCAAAGAAGCUUUGGCCAAGUUGGAGACCAUGCAUGCGGCUGUAGAGAAGGCAAGCAAGGACUACUCUUUGUCGCAAGGCAGGAUGCGCUACCACGCCUGCGACCAGCUGGCACUUCUCGUCGAAAGCCGUAAGCUCCCGGAGGGAGUUCGACUGGUCCAGAGCUGCCAUCCCUACGCUGCACAAGGCCACGAAUACGAAAUCAGUGUGGACGUGGAGGCACCCAAGGUGCUGGUAGCCUUCGCACCUUGCAGUUGCACCUAUGACUCGUAUGCCGAAGUCGUGAUGCGCAACUCGAACUUCUCUGGCCGAGGCCCCUGGUCGGCAGAACCCGUAGAGGUGGAGGUGGGAAAGAAGCCAAUCGCCAUCAGCUUCAAAACCGAUGGCUAUGGGCAUGAGAGCCCCGAACGGCGAUGGGGCUUCUUGGCCCUCCUGGCGGACAGCCGCUCGGUGAGCUUCAGCAACUUGGCCCAGGCGGCAGAGAAGCUCGCGGAGACCAUGGCGGAGGAAGCUGAGCUGUACUUGGAUGCCUCGAAGGCUGAAGCAGCUUUGUCAGAGGUCCUUGACGGCCUGCGUCCGCAACUAAGCGAGAUCUUGGAGUUGCUGGGAGCAGCGACGCAUGUCCAUCAGGCUGUUGAAGACUUGUGCAACAAGGUCUGCCUCAGCCUGGCAGACAUGUGCAAGUGGUUCGGUCGCCAAGGCUUGUCGAAUUAUUUGACCCAGUGGAAGCGAAAGUUUCCAGACCUGGAGGAGCGCAUGGCAGACUCUCGCAACACAGGCCCGACCAGUAUGUUCUGGUGUUUCAACGAUGAGGGAUCAAUGGUCAAUCAUGGCGAGAAGCUUACUGACCAGUUCUUCUACUGCGGCCAGCAGAUGGAAGGGACCGGGAAGACUUGCUCCCCAGCAGCACAGUGCAAAUCUUGUGGGCGCUUCCAAAGCGAGGUGCUCAGAGGCUACACCCGCCAAACCGGGAUAGUAUCGUCAUUCGUCGAAGAAGCUCGUCAGGACUUUGAAGAAGUGACUGACUCUAAGAAGCUAAGUAGAUCUAAGUAG